CGUCGACAUCGCAACACAUCACAAUGCUCUCGUCCCUUCGUCGGCCCGUGAUCCGACGCAUGAUGUCGUCGCACGCACUGCCGUUUGCAAUGGCCUCGAAUGUCCUCGAUGGCAAGAUCAACACCAAGUCCAAAGACUUCGUUGAAAGCAUCGAACGCAUGAAUACGCUGACGAGUGAGCUCAAAACACGAUUGGAUGUUGUCCGCUUGGGUGGCGGUGAAGCUGCUCGCAGCAAGCAUGUCGCUCGUGGCAAGCUCCUUGCCCGCGACCGCAUCGACUCCUUAGUUGACCCUGGCAGCGCGUUCUUGGAAUUGUCGCCCCUUGCGGCCCACGACAUGUACGGCACGCCUGUCCCAGCUGCCGGUAUUAUCACUGGUAUUGGUCGUAUCCAUGGCGUGGAAUGCAUGAUCUUGGCGAACGACGCCACCGUGAAGGGCGGCACCUACUUUCCCAUGACAGUGAAGAAGCAUUUGCGCGCACAAGAAAUUGCGCGCGAAAACCGCUUGCCGUGCAUUUACAUGGUCGAUUCUGGUGGUGCCUAUUUACCGCUCCAGGCAGAAAUUUUCCCGGACAAGGAGCAUUUCGGGCGCGAAUUUUACAACCAAGCGAACAUGAGUGCGGCUGGCAUUCCGCAGAUCGCCGUCGUCAUGGGCAGCUGUACGGCAGGUGGCGCUUAUGUCCCUGCCAUGAGCGACGAAAGCGUCAUUGUGCAAGGCAACGGAACAGUCUUUUUGGGCGGCCCCCCGCUUGUCAAGGCCGCGACCGGCGAAGUCGUUACGGCUGAAGAGCUCGGCGGCGCUGACGUGCACUGCCGCACUUCCGGCGUGACGGACCACUUGGCCAAGAACGACGCACAUGCGAUUGAAAUAGUCCGCCGCAUCGUGUCCAACCUGAACUGGACUUCUAAGGCCAACGCGAACGUGACUCAGUCUUUGACGGAAGUUGAAGAACCGGUGUUCGACCCGGCUGAGCUUGGCGGGAUUAUCCCUGUUGAUGGCCGCAAGCCGUUCGACGUUCGCAAAGUGAUUGCCCGCAUUGUGGACGGGUCCAAGUUCGACGAAUUCAAGCAGCACUACGGCACGACGAUCGUGACGGGGUUCGCUCGCUUGUACGGCCGCCCGAUCGGGAUCAUCGCGAACAACGGGAUCCUGUUUUCGGAAUCAUCGGUCAAGGCUGCGCACUUUAUCGAGUUGUGCUGCCAGCGCCAGAUCCCGCUCCUCUUCCUUCAAAACAUCACGGGGUUCAUGGUGGGCAAGAAGGCCGAGCACGGUGGUAUCGCUAAGGACGGCGCCAAGCUCGUGACCGCCGUCUCGUGCGCGAACGUGCCCAAGGUCACUUGCAUCAUCGGCGGGAGUUACGGUGCCGGGAACUACGGAAUGUGCGGCCGUGCCUUUAGCCCGCGUUUCUUGUACAUGUGGCCGAAUGCCAAGAUCUCGGUCAUGGGUGGCGAGCAAGCAGCCGGUGUGUUGGCGACUGUCCAACGCGACAACAUGGAGCGCGCCGGUAAGACAUGGUCCGCGGAAGAAGAAGCCGCGUUCAAGCAGCCCACGUUGGACAAGUACGAAGUCGAAAGCUCGGCGUACUACUCGAGCGCCCGUUUGUGGGACGAUGGCAUCAUCGACCCCAAGGACACGCGCAAGGUGCUCGGGUUGAGUUUCAGUGCCGCGCUGAACGAAUUGCCGACGCCAACCAAGUUUGGCGUGUUCCGCAUGUAGAAGUAAAGAGGAGGCAAAACGAAUGG